AUGUCGACAGCCUCGGAUGAAGCGUUGGAGCAGGAGCUGGCCUCCAUCUUGCAGAGCAAUUUCAUUGGGAUUUGCUGCGAGAUGGCUGUCUGCGUUAUCCUGGUGUACGACUAUAUGCUCACGUUCGGCAGGGAGGUAGAGCUCUUCUGGCACAGGCCAACCAGGGCACUCGGCGGGACAGUGAUAUUCAUGCUCAACCGUGUCGUGGCCGUCGGUCUGGCGAUACUUGGUAACAUCGACACCGAUCUGUCCCGCUAUACCUACGCAAGUUGUAAGUACACGAUUCUGGUUGAAGUCACUAUCACGCUGCUGGCGUAUGCCGUCUGGGGUGCUGUGUCUGCCAUUAGAGUGCAUGCCCUCACAAAACGCAACUGGUUGCUCUCUAUGCCCACGCUUGCUUUGGCGCUGGUUCCGAUGGUUGCGGACAUGCCGGUCGCUCUCGCGAGUGCUUCUCAGGAAUGGUACGCCCAGCCUCCCCGUCGCAUCGCUGCUGGUGACUACCUCUUACCCUUGUUGACCAGGAAUCCUUUAUUUCUGACCGGGCAUCUCAGCGUACUGGCAUUUAUCAACGCUCUGGAAAUCAUUCUAUACCUAACCUCGACGACAGACUACGUCAACCUAUUCAUUGCGCCGAUAUCGACGAUAGUAAUUUCACGCUUCUUACUCGACAUCCGAGAGGCAGCAUAUACAUCCGACACUACUUUCGAAACGACGACCUCCGACCUCUCCAUAAGCACGCCAUCCGGAAGCGCAUACAAGUCACGGAUGUGGCAGUCGCUUGAUUUUGCGACCCAAACGUAUGCGGAACGAUCCCAGGGUGCCAUGACGAGUACCACUGACGUUGGCAGCCACGAUCGGCACCUUUAUGCAGACGUACAAGAGUUCGAGAUGGGCAACCUCGCGACGGACCCGCGAUCCAGGGGGGGUGUAUACGCUCCGUAG